AUGGAGGCACAGGGAGGGGCAGGGAGCCCAGAGCCCAAUAAAGACAUCCAGAAGCUGCUGAAGCCCUCCAGCUCAGCCGACCUAUCCAAGGACUUGUUCCAGCACUCAGCAGGGGAGGAGGAGGGCAGCCUGUCGGGGCACACUGCGAGCCUGCUGCACAUCACUGAGAAGAGACAACCACUGAGUAGUGUAUCUUCAUUAGAGGUGCACUUUGACCUCUUGGACCUGACUGAGCUGACUGACAUGUCUGACCAGGAACUGGCUGAAGUGUUUGUUGACUCUGAUGACGAAAACCACAACGAGUUCCCAACAGGUUCCCAACAGCCAGUGCUGCCCAGAGGUGGGUACAUGCGCUCCCCCUCAUGGACGCGCUGCAGCAAAGUCGAGCCCCCCCGAGAGAGAAAACACCACAGCGACUCUGACAGCGUGGAGCCCUUGAUGAAGCUGGAGCGGCCCAAGCAGCCAUGACGAGGACAUCUGUGGUGAACCGGCCGGACCGCAGAGAGAGAAAAGCCCGAGCCAGACAGACGCAGCCAGGGAACACAAAGUGGACCGAGAGGCCCCCCCAUUUGCCACCGUGCACUCCCAUAAUAUUUCAUGGUGCUGAAUAGACGAGUACAGGUUGAACUCUGGACACUGUGCUCUGCACUUCAACUAAAGAUGUUGAGCUGUGCAGUACACACUCUCCCCUCUCCCCUCUCUCUCUCUCACACACAAACAAACACACACGGCCAUGUUGUUGUUCAUGCAAUGGGGUUUUCGAUGUACUCUGGGCUGCCAGAAGAUUUUUCAGUUUUGUUUUUGAAUGAUAUAACAGGGUAUGAGGUGAGCAGAGUAAUCUCCAUCCUCACAGCCUCUCAGGGUGGGAAACAGUGGCUCGAGAGUUGAGAUCGGCUCUAACAGCAGCGCCCCCAGCCCAGAGAGGCCAGAUCUUCCAUGUGACGUUCAGAUGCUGGGGGUCACCUUGAAACACCAGGACAUGAGCUAAAAAACAUAUCAAUAAAGCUGUUAAAUUUCACGCUGAGGCCGUUACUUCAUAUGCUGCUUGACAAUGUGACAGGGUUUUCUGUUGCCUGUAAAUAAGGCGACUUAUACAGUGGGUUUCAGUGAGGCCAAAUUCUAUCCAUCAGACCUUCUCUAUGUCAAUAAAGAUUUUGUGUUGUUAUGUUAAAUGGAUCAAUAUGAACAUUGCACUUUUCUCACUGAAUCAUAUUUACAGUGCGCUCCAGAAUUAUUGGCAUUAGUUGCAGAUAACUACAAAAAUAAACACACCUAGCAGCAGCUCCGACUUUAACAGGUCAUGUCACUUUACCUUGAACUCUAUACUGUCAUCUAGGGCUAGGGACGUAUAUGACAUGCACGAAAACAGACACAAUCUGACACGCCGAGCCCGACCCAGCUUCCCCAGGCUGUGGACUAGCUUCCCCUGGCUGUGGACUUUGGGAGUUUGGGUACUGAUUUAAAAACACUUAAGAUCAAAUUCUUUCUAUUUUCAUUUUAGAAAAUGAGGGCUGCCAAAGUCACAGCUGCAAAGCUCAAGUUGCCAAUCCAAAAAUCGUCUCGUAUUCAAAUUCCAUUGUUCUUUGACCUGUCAGGAACGAAAGGUAUCACAUUUGCGGGAAUGCCAAAAAAUACAAAGUGCCAACAAUUUUGUCAUCUUUUCUCAGCUGAAUCUGACUUCAUGCAAUAAUUCUGAUCUUUCUGAGCAAAGGGAAACAGCUGAUUCCUUGAUUUAUUUAUCUCACGUGGAGCUUGUCUACCUGCCGUGCCAAUAAUUCUGAACGCUCUGACACAACGGAUCAAUGGCGACACGGGGAUGGUGCGGACACAGCACAGUGGAGGUGUGAGACUACAGGGAUGAUAGAAGA